GGAACGAACACACACGGAUCCAUCACAUCCAUUCCACACCUGAGACCGGCGCACGAGUGGCCUGCCAAACCCUGAAAUCCCAGACGGCCAGCAGCCAUGCAGCUUAGCUUUCUUCCCCAUGUCGCUAUGUGCUGCCUCGCGCUAGCCCUUCUGCUCCCGUCCCACGCCGCGGCGACGGCGCCGCCGGCCGGCACGAUCCAGCGCGUGACCAAGCAGCAGAUCCUGGCGAGCAUCCCGCCGCACUGGGACGAGAACCCCGUGCUGUUCCUGACCUCGCCGUCGGGCAAGUACGCGGCCUACUUCAUGCGCAGCCAGACCGCCCCCGGCGCCGGCGGCCUCGGCGCCGACUUCUGCUACUUGGAGGUGCUGGACACGACGGCGCCCGGCGCGGAGGGCCGGAGCGUGUGGGAGUCGGAGUGCCUGGCCGUGAGCACGGUGAACACGUGCGCGCUCGUCUUCUCGUGGAACGGGCUGGAGGUGUUCGACGGGAGCACCUCGGUGUGGCACACCCACGACGCGCAGUCCGACGAGCACAACUUCCUGGAGACGCUGCAGCUGGUGGACCAGGGCGACAUGCGCAUCCUCGACAAGGGCGGGGAGCUGGCGUGGAAGGCCAGCGACGAGCCCCGGGCCGCGCAGCACUGCGGGAUGCCCGGAUCGCCCGGCCUGACCUCCGCGCUGCCCCCGUUCGCCGAGCCGAUCGGGCACGGGGGGAGCAGCGACCUGCCGUUCGGCGAUGGCAACGGCGCCGACGGUGCCGGCGUCGGAGCUGGCAGUGUGGCGCAGCCCGAGGCACCGCUGCCGCCUUUGCCGCAGCCCGAGCUGCCGCUCGCGCCGUUGCCGCAGGAAGAGGAUGAGUUAGGUGGCGCCGCCGCCACGGGGCAAGCCGGGGCGAGCGCGGGACAGGUGUUCGGUUUCGGCAACCAGCCGCUGGUGGACAACAGCCCGUACGACAGUGGGGCGCUGAAGCACGGAUGCAGCCUCGUUGGGAUCUCGGUUGCUUUGGGUUUCGGUGUCGCCGUCGCCAUGGGUAUGGGUCUCUGAAUUGGAGACAAGCGCGCGUGAACGUGGUUGUGGCGGCUUGCUAAAUUCUUCUAGUUUCCGGCACAAGCAGCCGGGAUAUGUUUUCGAUUCGUUGUGUGUUUGGGUGGUGCUUCUUGCUGAUUUCAGUGGGGGUGGCUGUUGUUGUACAUCUGGAAUUGCAAAUUGUAAUUGAGUUGGCCUAUGUGUUUUC